GACCUUCAACUAGUGGCCAGCCCUGUGACCAGCUUGUGUGCUGCUGUCUGCUGUGAAUAUGUUCUCCAUAUCUUACACCAAACUCGGAAAAGAAAUGGCCGAGGCGUUCACAUACACAUUAGCAGAAGUACCAAAAUUCCUGGCUAUUCCCUCGAGUCCAAACUUCCCGGUUUCGGAUGACGCUGCUUCUCUAUCUGCGGAACUCCCCGGCCUCUCACAGUCAGAAAGUCCCGGCCAAGUGUCGGUGAGAAGUGGGGAGCCGCUGUUAACUCUAACCCUUGCCGCCGACACCUCUCAGACCAGGCAGGCACGUUACGGUUUUCGUUAGAAAACGAAAAAAAAAACAAACAGGAUACUUCACACAUGCCGUGAAAUUUUUCCAGUGAGUCCUGUAUCCAUUUGUCUACAAUGAAGAGGUCGGCAUUGGGAGGAGUCACAAGGAAACACUCCACAGUCUACAAUCACACUGUCGCCUUGUAAAGGAACUACAGCUUGAAGCCGAGAGAUGUGAGCGCUGGAGCCUGCACCUCCCUCUCUGCUGCCUUGCGAGCAAAGGAGUUCCCGGCACCAUUCAGGAUGUUUGCUAAAGGAAGAGCUGUCUACGUUGGGAUAUACUCCGCUCUUGUCCUCAGCCUUGUUCACCAGACAGAGGAGGUGCAAGACUUGAUGAGCGAUGUGAGCUGCUACACCGAUUACAUGAAGGACAUCCACUGCCACUUUACAGAAAACGCCAUGGCUAAGCGCUACAUCCCCAUGGAUCUGUAUUAUAAGAGGGAAUCCGUCACCAGGUUCUUGAGUCCGCGUUUGUGCAACAGGACAACCUCCAGCAAUCGUUGCGUCAUUAAGGAAGAAGCGUUUGCCAUGGGAUUUAAUUGUCUACUUAUUUUUAAACCAAAGAAACCCGUAAACCUGAGGAAAUCCUUCAACUUAUUGGAAAACAUCAAGCUUCAAGCUCCCUUCAACCUGAUGGUCAAUGUCACGGAGACAGGGGACUAUGAGCUGUCAUGGGAGACAAGGUACAUGGACAACUCCUCCGAUAUGCUCCUUGGAACAUUACAGUAUGAGGUUAACUACAAGCAAUCUUGGAAGUCCUGGGAGGAUUCGUUGAGCGAGAAUGUGGCGAGCGGCAGCCGCCGUCUUGAAAUCCGUGGCUCGGGGCUGGCCUCGGCCGGCACCUACGCAGCUCGCGUGCGGGCGAGACCGCAGCAUUGCAGCUCUCGUUGCAUCUGGAGUGCGUGGAGCGCAGAGGUCCCGUGGAGCGUGAAGAGAAAUCAGCCAAACCCGCAAGCAGCUGUGGCAGAGGUGAUGCCUCGAAACCUGCAGUGUUUUUACGAUGGUCUCCAGGAGGUCGAAUGUACUUGGGAAGUAACUAAAAUGUCUGGUGAUCUUUUCACCUUCAACCUGCACUAUAGAAAGGCCAACAGCUCCGAGACCCAGGAAUGCAAUUCGUCAAUGAUACCCCGUGAAGACUCAAACUUCACGGUUCAUGGGUGCAACAUACAUGUCCGUGACCGAGCGGCGUUUGAGGAGUACGAGGUGUCCCUCCAACUCGUGAAUCCAUCGGUGGCAUAUCACCCGUACAAAAAUAUCAAACCACCCCCUCCAUACAACUUGACCAUGGAUGAGUUACCUGAUGGAAGAUUGCAACUGUGCUGGGAAUCCAUCAAAACUAUUUAUGACUUGGAGUACCAAGUCAGCUACAAGAAGGUUGAUCGGCCUUGGGAGGAAAACAAGACGUGGCAAAUUCCUUUCGGCAACAAUAAAUUCAACCUGCCAAAAGAUUCCCUGGAUCCUUCCAGCCGGUACAGGGUCAGGAUGCGGGCCAAGGUGAAGUCUAGCGGUGGCAUUUACAGCUACAGCGGAAUCUGGAGUGAAUGGAGCCAGUCUGUCGACUUUGACACCAACCAAGAUAAGGAGUCCCUCAUCAUUGUGGCUUGCAGCCUGCUGAUAUUCCUUAUCAUUGCCACACCAAUCGCCGCUCUGUUGAUAAAAAGGAAGAAGAAAAUGUGGUUGGAUGGUAUUCCAGACCCAGCCAAGAGCCAGCUUUUCCACAAGCGUGGACAGAGCGGUGCUUUGAGAUCCACGACCACUCUGGAAACGGCGAGUAUGGAAGAGGGCAGCAUCUGUAAGGUGGUGACGGCAGAUUCCCUCACUCCCCCUCCCCAGAUCAUCCCAAGGGAACAAUCCAAAUACCAGAUGAAAGAGGGUUAUUCUUCCCCUCCAGUAUCGGGAGAGGGAGACAAAGCGGAGAGAAUUUACCAGGGGUUUAAACCCGAGCCAGGAGAGGUCUCUGCCAACGGCACCUCGCUGACAGAAGCAUCAGACUACAACGGGCCGUACUUGUUCAAUUUCCAAGAUGUCUCGACCAUCCUCGGCGAGUUCUCGGAGCCGAAGACCACGACCGGUGAACGUGCCAACCGCCCCGAGCGCGGGCCGGCGCCCCCCGGGUACGUGGAGCUGCCGCCGAUGGCCAGUGGAGGGUUAGGGGGCACGGACCAGUUCCCCCCGGCGCCCGGCCCACCCGCGCCCUAUAUCCUGCUCCCACCGGCCCCAGCGAGCAACGCCAACGACGCCAUUCACGCGGACAACCUGGAGGAACCCAGCUUCCCGUCAUUCUAUGCCAUGUCCAUGCCACCCACCAAUGCCACCCCCGUUCCUUCAUCCCAGGUUGUCCCCGACUGUAAGGCCACGGAUAUCUCCCUUUCAGGUCAACAGGGCCCAUAUGUGGCUGCCCUGCAGCCCGCUCCCCCCACUCAAGGGGUAGACCCCUUGUUGGGAAGCAAGGAUGCAACGGCAGAGCACGGGAGGACCUCACCAGACAACAUCUCACUGGACCACCCCAUUGUUGACCCCUGGCCUGCAACCUCCGGUGGCUACGUGUCGACCCCUCCUGCGGAACAAAUGGCCCCCUUGACCCCCAAGCACCAAGACCCAAGCUUGCCGGAUGACCCACAGUCCCAGCCUCCGAUGUCAAAGAUGGAUGCCCACCAGGCUCCAGGAACGCAUUCCUCCACAAAGCCUCAGGUGGACCUGCAGAAGACGGUGGCCAAAGAGGCAGAGUCUCCACACAUGGACACGGCGAAUAACGAGGCCUCAGAGCUCAUCUUGUUCCAGUCAGGAGCUAAUCCCAUUCUCUUCCAGCAGAUCGGAGAUUAUUGCUUCCUUCCCGGUUCCUUGCCGACCAAGGAAACCGAAACCACCAAAGGCCACAUCUCAUCCACAAAAUCAGAGCCUUCAAAUAAGCCUCUGGACUCCUUGGAGAAGCAGCCCCCUUGCCAGCAUUCCCCCUCCCCUUCUCACCACAUCGCUUGUUCUUAGAUUAGAGAUACAGCGCGGAAACAGGCCCACUUUGGCCCGCCGGGUCCACGCCGACCAUCGGUCACCCGUUCACGCUAGUUGCACGUCAUCUCAUCCACUCCCUACGCACGCUCACACGCGGGGGGAAAUUUACGGGGACUUCUUAGCCCCACAUUAACCCGCGAGUCUUUGGGAUGUGGGAGGAAGCCGGAGAACCGACGAGUGGGUGCAAACUCCACAAAGACAGCAACCGAGGUCAGGAUCAAACCCGCGGCGUGGGGCGGCGGCUCCAGGAAAGUAGAGUGCAGGAGCAGGCCCUUCGGCCCAUAAUUUGAAACUAUAUAUUUUUUAAACAGAAUUGAUUAACUUUUAUGAAACAGCUCAGGAAGCCAGAAGUGGAACAGAUGAAUGUGAAGCAUUUCUUCGGCCGGUAGCAACUAACCAGCUUGUCUAGCAGUGAAAUAUUUAGGCUAUUCUAAGAUGCGCAACAAUUAAGAGUAUUAACCUUUGGAUUUUAGAGAUACAAUGUGUAAACAGGCCCUUUGGCCCACCGAGUCCACAGCAACUAAUGAUACAUUAGCACUAUCCUGCAAACUCGGGACAAUCCACAAUUAUUCCAAGCCGAUUAACCUACAAACCCGCACGUCUGUGGAGUGUGGGGGGAAAUGGGAGCACCCGGAGAAAACUAAGGUGGACAGGGGGAGAACUUGCGAACUCUGUACAGACAGCACCCAUGGUCAGGAUCGAACCAGGGUCUCUGGCGCUAUAAGGCCAGCGACUCUACCGCUGCGCCACCGUGCUGUCCUGCAGUUAUUAGUUGGUGAACAAAGGCAGUGCAGACCAGACCAUUUCUACCAAACCUUCAUGGGAAUUCACUGGUCCAUUGCCUUGGACCAAGAGACAUUGAGAUCACAGCUGGAACAAUAGUCAUAGAGUGAUACAGCGUGCAAACAGGCCCUUCAGCCCAACUUACCCACACCUACCAACUUGUCCCAGCUGCACCAGUCCCACCUGCCCAUAUCUGCCUAAACCUGUCCUACCUCAGCUUUCCAGCAUCUGCGGCGUUUUGUUACCCAGGCCUAUCUGCCCACUCACUGCUAUCCCACCCCCCCCCUCUCCCGAGUGAGUUAAACUCAUGUCCUGUCUGCUUGGGUCUGAUCCCCAGCAGAGUGAGGUGGAAGGAUUUAGUUUGCCCCUCUUAGUCAUUGCGUCUAGAGUGAUACAGUAUGGAAACAGGCCCUUCGGCCCACCCUGCCCACACCGGCCAACAUGUCCCAGCUACACCAGUCCCACCUGCCUACAUUUGGCCCAUAUUUAUCCAAACCUGUCCUAUGCAUGUACCUGCCUAACUGUUUCUUAAACGUUGGGAUAGUCCCAGCCUCAACUACCUCCUCUGGCAGCUUGUUCCAUACACCCACCACCCUUUGUGUGGAAAAAGUUACCCCUCAGAUUCCUAUUAAAUCUUUUCCCCUUCACCUUAAACAUUUAUCCUCUGGUACUCGAUUCACUUACUCCGGGCAAGAGACUCUGUGCAUCUAUCUACCCGAUCUAUUCCUCUUGUUGAUGUUCCACAUGCCUGCUCACUGUUGACUCUGCAUGGCAAUUUCUUAUAAAAA